AUGCACAUUCUUAUAUUAUUUUGGUUGCUUGCAAACUUUUCACUGAAAGCGUCAGCACAAUCACUUCCCAGCGAUUGCACGACUACAGCCACUGGCCGCACCAUCGAAAUAUUGAAAAUUCCAACACAGGCUGGCGUUGAAAUUUUUGAAGUCUACUGCGAGCUGGGCGAUCUCGAUGAAAAACCUUGGUUGGUUAUCUUCUUACGUAAAGAACCUAAAUACGAGUAUGGCAGAUGGCAGGACUACACAGAGGGUUAUCAUACGUUUAGCGGUAAUUACUUCAUCGGCCUGCAACGACUGUACACAAUCACAAAUCGACAGCCGCACGAGCUGAUGUUGCAGCUAAGACAGCGAAAUGGUAUGCAGCAUUAUAUGCACUUUGAGCACUUCGCCAUCGCCAAUGAGACCAGCAGGUAUGGCGUUGUUUCGUCGGGGGCUUAUGUGGGCACUAUGCCUAGGGUGAAACCUUCCGAUUGGUUACCUUGGCUUACGGAAACUUUUGAAAUGACAACACGUAUGAAAAUCAGUAUUAGACCAGCGGCAGGUCUAAACAAGCGAAAACCAAAAAAUAUUGAAAAAAUCAAAUGGCGAGGCUAA